AACAAGUGUCAGUGCAGAGGGCGACUUGAGCCAAGCGGCGUGCGCGCUCUGGAAAAGCUUCUACUCCAGUGUUUAUCGCAAGGAGGGACAUUUUCUUUUUAUCGCGACCACCGGGACGAGGUGGGGUUGUCUUGCCUCCUGAGCUCCGGGUGAUACUGGGAUCAUGUUCCUGCAAAGCCAACAGAUGUGUCCAGAGGUGGAUUUCCCUGUUUUGGAAUGUGUUUGAUGCGCAAUAACGGUUUUAUUUUCUAGGACAUCUCCCUCUCUGGGUUUUGCCUCCAUGCUCCACACGUGCCACUGGAAUAUGUGCAUCUUUUUACCCUGUGAUUCAAAGAUCUGUUUGAUAAUCGAAAGGCUUGAACGAUGAAAAUCUUUUGAGAUGAAAAACAGCACUUUUGGGGAUCACUGUGUGCUUGUGCGCGGCUCCUGCCUCACCUCGCGCCUCAGCAGCCUGUUGUCCGUGUCCGUGGAGAAACGCACAAGUUUGCCGCGACCUGGAGCUGGAGCCGGAGCCGGAGCUGGUGCUGGGGCUGCAGCUGGUUUGAGCGGCGCACCAGGGCCACACGUGGGGCGCCAGGGGGGGGACAGACGGAGCAGCCCCGGUGUUCGGCCGGUCUGCGGUUUGACGGCGCAUUCGGCGCAGCUGUGGAGCGAAGAUGAUGAAGACGGUGGUGAUGAUGAUGAUGAAUGGCCCGACAGCUCGAGCAGGCACCGGGGUUUCACCACCAUUAUGUCUGCUCGUGUGCGCUCUCAUCUUCCUCCCGCCGUGCGCCCACUCGCACCCGCAGCCGUGCCAGGUGCUCAAGCGGAUCGGCCACACGGUUCGGGUCGGGGCGCUGCACGUCCAGCCUCGCCUGCUCCCGGCCACUGCCGGCAGCGGUUCUGAGGACCGGGACACCGAGGGAGGCUGGACCGGGGAGCGGCGGUUGAAGUUGGAAAAACAGCUUAGAAUAAGUGCCAGUGCGCCUGGAUACGCAAACCUCAGGACUAGAGGCGCAAUUAACAACCAGCGGGGAGCCAACAGGAAUAAGAGCCAGGCACGGCAGCGGGAGGAGAACAUCUCCAAGGAGAACCGGGUGUUUGCGCCCCGGGACUCGGUCCUGCUCGCCGUGGAGGCUGUGAACCGGGCCGGAUUGCUGCCCUACAAUUUGUCCUUGGAGCUCGUCAUGGCUGUGGGGUCCGGACUCGGCGAGCUGCCCGCGUUCUCCUUCUCCUCCACGGGCAGCCCCGAGGACGAGGACCCCCUGUCCUUCCUGGAGAGCGUGUGUCACACGGUGAUCGUGCAGGGGGUCUCCGCCAUGAUCGCCUUUCCACGGAACCGGGACGAGUUCGUUAAGUUGGAGUUCGUGUCUCUGGCGCUUCGUGUGCCGGUCGUGAGCGUCGUGCAGAGGGAAUUUACGCGCCGCAGUGAGAAUCCUCUUCAUUUCCAAAUGGCGAUGCGGACCAUGGAGGCCCCGCCAUCCCGCCUCCUCUACUCCCUGCUGAUGAUGAAUGGCUGGUGGGAUAUCAGCGUUGUGCUCUGCCAGGGCUGGGACAUUAGCCACUUCCUCAACCUCAUCAAAAACAACACCCGCUUUCACCUGGGCACUCUUGUUAACCUGACAGCCAACGCUUCCACCUUAUCAACACCUUCAUCUCCACCGUCAUCCUCAGGAUCGGCACCAGGUGCGGCCACGGGAACGGAGGAUUUGUCUUUAUUGACGUCUUUAACACGUUUUUCAUCCGCUGCCUCGGCCCCGGCUGCUUCAUCAUCCACUUCCUCCUCGAAAACGGACCAGCAGCAGGCACUGAUGCGGCAGCUGGAGGCCCUGAGGGAACCUUCAUCCACAACAGGGGUGGUGACAUUUGGGUGUGAUAUCCGGGAGGUGCGCCGGCUUUGGACGGUGGCCACUCGGAUUAUGCUCCCAGACUUUCAUUGGGUAUUGGGUGACAUCCAGAAUGUGGCUGAGCUGCGAACGGAGGGGUUGCCCCUGGGGCUUCUGGCCCACGGGGUCAUGGGGUCCCCUUCCCUGGAUCACUACGUCCACGACUCUUUGGAGCUGGUGGCGCGGGCGGUGGGCAGUGCGGCCCAGGAGAAUCCCGCCAUGGCACUCAUACCUGGGACGACGAACUGUAUGGAUGUACAAGAGAGGAACGGGAGCUCCGGGGAAUACCUGGCAAGAUUCAUAUCCAACACAACAUUCGAGGGCCAGAGCGGCUUUAUAUCCAGAGAAAGUCACAGCCAGAAUGUCGUCUCAGAGGCCCAUCACUACAUCUGGUCCCUCCAGCUGGACCCCCUAGGCCAGCCAACCUGGACCCGCCUGGGACGCUGGCGCAGGGGACGAGUUCUGAUGGACCAGGGGGCCUGGCCAAGCCAUUCGGGCUCCGGGUUCGGAGGCGACUGGCGCCGAUCCGCGAGGCUGCACAUGCGGGUGGUGACGCUGGUGGAGCACCCGUUUGUGUUCACCCGCGAGGUGGACGGGGACGGGCUGUGUCCCGCCGGCCAGCUGUGCCUCGACCCAAUGAGCAAUGAAUCUGCAGUGUUGGAGGGGCUUUUCCACAACCUCGCAGGACCCAACGGAACCGUUCCCACCGACCUGAAGAAGUGUUGUUAUGGAUACUGCGUUGACCUGCUGGAGAAGCUGGCGGAGGACAUGGGCUUCAGUUUCGACCUCUAUAUCGUCGGCGAUGGGAAGUACGGCGGGUUCAAGAAUGGUCGCUGGACGGGAUUGGUGGGCGACCUGCUCAGCGGCGCCGCCCAGCUGGCAGUGACUUCUUUCAGCAUUAACUCAGCCAGAAGCCAAGUCAUUGACUUCACCUCACCCUUCUUCUCCACCAGCCUGGGAAUUCUGGUUCGAACUCGUGACACAGCUGCACCCAUCGGGGCCUUCAUGUGGCCCCUCCACUGGUCCAUGUGGCUCGGCAUCUUUGUCUCCCUCCACGUCACCGCCAUCUUCCUCACCCUGUACGAGUGGCACAGCCCUUUCGGCUUGACGCCGCGAGGACGCAACCGCCACCGGGUGUUCUCCUUCUCCUCGGCGCUCAACGUGUGCUACGCUAUUCUAUUCGGGCGAACCGUGGCCAUCAAGACGCCCAAGUGCUGGACGGGCCGUCUGCUGAUGAAUCUCUGGGCCAUCUUCUGUCUGUUCUGUCUGUCCACCUACACCGCCAACCUGGCAGCCGUCAUGGUCGGGGAGAAGACCUACGAGCAACUUUCAGGGAUUCACGACCCAAAGUUGCACCAUCCCUCUCAGGGAUUCCGAUUUGCCACGGUGAGAGAAAGCAGCGCGGAGGACUACCUCAAGAAAAGUUUCCCCGAGAUGCACGAGUACAUGAGAAGAUACAAUGUCCCGGCAACGCCAGACGGCAUCCAUCAUCUCAAGGCCGACCCUCAGAGGCUGGACGCGUUCAUCAUGGACAAAGCUCUGCUGGACUACGAGGUCUCCAUAGACGCAGAGUGCAAAACACUGACGGUUGGAAAACCCUUUGCCAUCGAAGGCUACGGCAUUGGCCUCCCGCAGAACUCCCCCCUCACCUCCAACUUCUCGGAGCUUGUUAGUCAGUACAAGUCAGACGGCUUCAUGGACAUGCUGCAUGACAAAUGGUACAAGGUCGUGCCCUGCGGGAAGCGCAGCUUUGCCGUGACCGAGACGCUGCAGAUGGGCAUCAAGCAUUUCUCCGGUCUGUUUGUGAUGCUGUGCGUGGGCGUGGCCUUGUCUCUGGUGACCACAGUAGCAGAACACAUCGUGUACAAGCUGGUGAUCCCGAGGGUCAAGGAGCCGCGCUUCAAGUACUGGCUGCACACGAGCCAGAGAUUACACCGGGCCCUCAACACGGUCUUCACGGACGACAAACUACCGACUGUCACCAAGCCCGAGAAGAGGUGCAACGAGGGAAACAACCAGUCAGCGUCCUGGAAUCCUGCAGAGUCGUCCCACUGCAACAGGCGACGGGUCCUUCCACAAGAGAUGCAGAAUGACCUGGAACACUCCCAGGAUCUCCCUCCUCCACCGCCCCCGUCACCCCUGCCUCACCCCCAUUCUCUUCCCCUACUGGAGAAACACAUGCCCAUAGUGACCACAAGUAACGGGCGCUCCGAUCUGUUAGGCCGAGUUAUGGGGUCUGGGCAGGGGGGCUCGGGCCAGGGUAUUGCACAGUGCCGGGGCCUGGGCAUGGUUGACUGCGGCCCCGGCCUGAGUGCGGGGCGGAACCCUAUGGUCCAGGAGCUGUCAGAACUGGAGGGUCAAAUCCUCAUCAUCAAGCAGCAGCUGCAGUCAGCGAUGAGGAGGAAGAGAGAGCUAGAACAAUACCAAUCAGAAAACCAGCAAGCAAACCAGACUGCACCCAGUCCGGCCUCCACUCUCCAGUCCAACCAGUUUGCUCAGUAUACCCAGCCCCACCAACAGACUAACCAACACACAAACACGCUCCCGGAGUUCUGAAGCUUUUGCCUCUGUUUUUUUUCCCCAGAGGAACCCGAUUAGACACAGGACGAGAUUCCAGAACCUCUUGCGGGUUACUCGGAUACUCGCCUGAGUUCUGGAGUAGGAACCUUCACAGAUUUCUGGAGGUUAAAUGUUCCCCGAGGCUCUGGAGUUCCCUGAACGCUGGACUGAGAUGUUCCCCCAGGAGGUCACAUCCUGCUCCGUAUCUCCAUCUGGACAUUUCCUGACCUCUGGGAUUUGUGUUUUAAAAAGACGAGAAGCACUGAACAAAAGGUGAACCAGGGAUCCCGAACCAAAUCUGUUCUUACUCGCUUGUUGCUGAAGAGUUGUGCAUCCCCAUCCUCUUCUCAACAUCCUUUCCUCCAUUGUCUUCACCUUCUUUUCACCCUUUUCCCGAACCCCGCAGUUUUUUCCAUCCCACCCCCCUCUCCACUUCUAACGUUUGUCCCUUUCAUCCCUUCCCUCUAAGCUUUGUCUCCUCAAGGGCACAGAUUUGCUUGCUAUGAUGAUACCUUGAUCAUAGAUAUGAAGACACUUUGGUAUUUAAGCUUAAUGGGCUAAUUCACUUGAGUCCUACGUCGAGACUCAUUGAGAGUGUAAAAUGACCUGUGGUUGAACCCGGCCAGUUAAGUCUUAAUGUCCCCGUGUCUUGCUUAAACCUUGUAUCUUUCGGUGGGCGGGAGACGAACUGCUGGCGAUUGGUUGACUUUACCAUUGACGUUUAAGUGUUCCUGGCCUUUGACAAUGAGUGUUUCAUUUGACUUUGGGCAUUAAUUUCUGAUCUGUUCGUUCAGGGUUGGUGGGGCUGUUGUUACAAAUAGAAAAAAAAACACACAAAAAAAAAGAGAUAUAAAGUUAUGGCAAGACACCUCUGUAUUCAUCAAGCACCUCUGGUUGGCAUCGUGUGGUGGUCUAUACAAAACCUUAUUUAUGGGUCACUGUAUAAUGUUGUCCUGCACCUCACGGAUGCACCUCGAGUAUUUUACGAAAAAGCAGCACCUACAAGGCAUCAUUGAACCCGUCAGAGUUUGACCAGCAACAUGUGAUCUGGAGAAGUAACAAGGUACAAAUUGGUAGGAAAAGGGAACCACAGCUUUUCUAGUCAGGGACCAAAGCAAAAAAAAGCUUUUACUGUGAUACCUGUGGUCUUUGGUCUAGCCAGUUUAUUUCUGGUACAACCCUCUUGUCAAAUAUAAGAGAUUAUAUGUCUAAUGUAAACGCAGAACCGCUCGUUGAACUCUGGCAGGUUAUUUAACUAUGAAUAAUUCACAACUGAAUUCACUGAAACAGUCCCUGUGUGCUGAGAUCUGUUCUCUUGCAUCUUUUCUGUUUGGGUUUGGAUGUGUUGCGUUAUUAAAAAAAUUACCUCUUCUUUGCACUUAA